CCAACCAAAAAUAAGGUUUCGUGGAAAUUUGAAUCUGCCAUGGAACAACUGCGAAGUGAAUGUGUACAAUCAAAGAGUGAUUCGGCUCUAGCGUGUUUCAAGUAUAAAGUGUUUAGCGCCAUUGAUGAACUAUUCAAGAAUGAUUCAACAGAGGUGUCAGAAGCUGUGUCCGUCGUGCGCAACUCGGCACCCGCUGACGAGGGCCAUGGGAUACUGGAACAAGUGCAGGGUUAUGUGCAGACCCACGAUGUGAUGGUGAACCUGCCGGGAGACUCACAGCUCACACUGUCUUCACGGAACAUCAACAACGGCGAGCUCAACCUCAGCCUCAAAUUCGAUCAAGAAGAUUCAGCCGACAACCUUACUGAGGCUCGCAGGAGGAAGAAGGGAAAGCUGAAGAAGAUUCUGGUCCCAAUUGCAGUGUUCCUGCUGCUGAAGGCCCUCACCCUCAUUCCCCUGUUCAUAGGCAUCCUGGGCAUCAAGGCAUGGAAUGCUCUGCAGUUGAGUUUCGGCUCUUUCGUCCUUUCAUUCGCUCUGGCAAUCUUCCAGUUAUGCAGGAAGUUGGCUGGUGAUUCUGCACCUCCUCAGACAAUUGUGGCUCACCCUUCUGGUUAUGAUUCUCGACGCAGUUUCGAUACUGGGUUCGAUGCCCAGAAUCUCGCCUAUAGCGCUUACUCACAGGGCGCCUGAGGAGUUGAAUGACAUCGUUAUGACGAUUAGAUCUUCAAGCUCCAUACACAGAUGGCACGACCUACUAAGGAAGACUUUUACGCGAUGACACGUGGACAGAGACGAUGGGCCUGCAACUCACGGUACCUGAUACGACAGAAUUUUAUAACUUAAACAGAUCGAAAUGUAUUAGAUUUCUGAGGCAAAUAAUUAUGUAUAUUAAGU